AUGGGAACUAUGAUCAAGCAUGUUCUUAAUGUUGUUCAUAUUUACCAUAUGGGAACUUUUAAGAUUCCAGACAAUCUUCUUAAGCAACUGACAAGCAUUGAGAGGAAAUUCUUCUGGGGGUAUAACAGCAACAGAGGACAUAAUCCAACAGCUUGGUUAAAUGUAUGCAGGCCUACUGAAAUGGGUGGACUUGACUUUAGAGACUUGGAGAAACUUAAUUUGGCCCUGCUCACAAAGUUGUCCUGGAGAAUAUGUAGUGAACCUGACAGUUUAAUGGAUCAAAUUCUUGGCAGUAAGUAUUUCAAUACUGGUGAUUUAAAUCAAAACAUUUCAGCAAAAAACUGCUCAUACAACUGGAAUGAAACUUCAAAAGGUCUACAUAUUGUUCAGCAAAAUUAUUUCAUGGAAAUUACCAAUGGCAGGAAACCAAAGAUCUGGAAAGAUAGAUGGAUUCCUGGUAUGUCUCAUCCUCAUACUCCAAAAAAUGAGCUUUUUAGAUUUUAUGAAUAUGUUGAAGAAUUGAUGCUUCAGGAUACUGCACAAUGGAAUGUUAGUCUGUUUUCUGACUUAUUUGAUGCUGAUAUCUCCCUUAAAUUUAAAUCUCUUUAUAUAUACAGCAUUAAAGAAGAUCACAUGAUAUGGAUGCUAGCAAAAGAUGGUCAAUUUUCUGUUAAAAAUACAUACAAGAUGCUGACAUACAAUGAUAGUGAAGUCCAAGUUAAUGGGGUCACAGUAAACAAGAAGGUCUGGAAAGCUUUAUGA